GAAAAACAAUACGGAAUGGCUUCAGCAUCGAGUACAAGUGCACGCAGUUUAUUUGUUGAUUCAAAAAUGCGAUUAGCAGAUAGAGUUCAAGUUAAUGUCAAUAAUAUUGCGUCGCUUGCAAGACAGAUUCAAAGGGGUUCAAAAAGCAGUGAAAUUCUAAUGCAUGCUGCAAAAAGUUUUGCGCAACAAGAACAUGGAUUAGAGAUGGCAGAAACAAACUUGAAAAAACUUGCACUUAUUGUAACCCAUUUGGAAUAUCAAAUGGAGUCAAUAGAUAGAAGUUCUGUGUUACUGGAAGAAGUUACCGAACAAGUUCGAGCAAUGCAACGUUAAAAAUUUGUCACAUUGAUAAUUUUUAAUUUAAUAAUACUGUAACAUUUCUUUAAUAAUUUAUUUUUUAACAUUUUAAUGUCAAA